AUGUGCAUUGUCCCUGUGGGCUCGCAUCGCAUUGUUGUGAAAUCAGAAUUUUCUGUUUGGUCCUUCCCAGUGCCGCAAGGUAAAGAGUCUGACUGGCAGUAUGGAUCCAGUGAGGGCCGGAGCCAGCUCGCCGCUAGCGCCAACUUCAAGCGGCUGGUUAUUGUGGCAAUGCACAGGGACCAGCUUUACACUGACAUGCAGGCUGUGCAGGCAGAGCUCUCCCAGAUGGUGAUGGAACUAGCUCCCCCCGGCAUGCCAGAAAACCAGCAGGUACCCUUUCUGUCAGUGGGUGGGGAGCUCGGCUGGAGGGAAGUGAUCAGCCGGGGCGUCAGUGAGCUGAGUGGGGACUACUGUGUGGAGGACGUGAGGGGGGAGGAUGGACAGCUGUACCGCAGACUGGUGUUCCUUUCCAAUGCAGGCCUCGUCCAAUCAGAGGGACGCCUCAUCUCCACUGAGGCCGCAUCGGAUCAGAGAAAGAAGAGCAAGAAGAAGGUGAAGCAGACUGCUCUUCCAGCAGCCUCCACAGGCUCCCUCCACGUUGACAGUGGCUUCCUGUGCUGUGCUCACCAUGAGGUCAUGAUCGCUGGCCUCACCAUGCUGGGUGUGGGAGCACAACAAAACAUAGACUGUCCUGUAUCAGUGCUCAUGGUGGGGCUGGGAGGUGGGGCCUUGGCUCAGUUCCUGCGGGACUUUGUGCCGGGGGUCACGGUGGAGGUGGUGGAGCUUGACCCUGUGGUGCUGGAACUGGCCAAGGGCUACUUUGCUUUCCGCUCAGACGACCGGCUAACGGUGACCCUGGGAGACGGCCUAGAGCGCAUCAACGCCCUAGAGAAAGAAGGUGGUUGUUUAUUAGAUGUUAUCAUGUUUGAUGUGGACAGCAAAGACUCUACUGUGGGUAUGAGCUGUCCCCCUAGUGCCUUUGUAGAAACAUCUUUCCUCGAGAAAGUUCGUAACCUGCUAACCCCAAAAGGCGUCUUCAUGCUGAAUCUUGUGUGUCGGGACUCAGUCUUGAGGAAGACCGUGCUGGAGCGGCUGCGCGGCACUUUCUCCCAAAUGUUUUCCCGGAAGAUUGCAGGGGAAGUCAACGAGGUACUGCUCUGCUGCCGUGGCGACUGGGCGACCGAGGAAAACUCUUCUCCCCCGCCUUUGCCCUCGGCCAAGGCAGCCAAGAUCCUGCAGGCUGCACUCUGCAACCACACGGCCGGAAGAGCCUCAGGCCCUCAUAUAGACAUCAUCGACUUGUUAAAGGACCUCAAAAUUGCAUAAAAAGUUAUCUUGUCAACAACCAUUCAAGAAGGUUGUCUUUUACAGCAGUUUAUGUAUCCCAACUGUUCUUAAACCAGUUCUAUUGCUGACCCCAGUGGGAAUGGAAUCCAAACCCUGGUAUUAAUGCCUAGCUCUCAGCUAAAAAGGAACUACAGUUGUUCCGUUGCAUCACAAUCAUUGGGGGAUGACCAUCAUCAUGUUUGGCAAAUAAAAAGUUGAUGUUGGAAAUACCAAUACAAAUAAGAUUAUUUGAAUAUAACAAUUUGAUAUGAUAUAACAGAAGCGUACCUUCAUGGUUAGAAUUAUGCUAUGUAGCCUACAAAUACAGACAGAUCUAGAUUUUUUUUAAAUUCUAAAGGAUUAAUAUGAGAUUUUUCGAGUUCAGGGGUUCACUAGUGUAUCAGCAAACGCUGGGGUCCAGAGGGACUGAGCAUACAAUGUUGUGCCAGAAGGAGGUAGGCUUAUGCCGAAUUACUUUAUCAGAAUGGCUGUUGUCCUUAUAACGUUCCCGUUCGUCUUUGUGUCAUGUCAUUGGCUAGUCGUUGUUUAUUGUUAGCUACAUUAGCAUCUUUAGCAAACCAGCUCGAAAACAAACAACACAACUUUACAUUGUAUUGCACGUACAGCACAGCAAGACCGUGCAAUGCACAAAUUGGCGACCGGAAUAAAAUAGCAGUGUAAUCAAGUGUGUAAGAGCAUUUAAAAUCGACAUUAAAAUGACCAACGUGGUACAAAUACAAAGAAGAAAAUAUCGUCACGGGCGCAGCCAUUUUUGUUGAGAGCGUCAUCACUGAACUCGGUAUGCUCUCAGAAUUCCGACGGUGCCCGACCAAAGGGGGGCGUGCCUACGUGAAAUGCCGCAAGAAAGUUUCCCCACUUGCAAUUCGGGAGGCUGGUGUCCGAGGCAUCUGGAAUACACCAUUAUUGCGAAUGGAGGAAGGUGUAUGUAUGACUAAUGCUAUAUUAGUCUUGAUCUGUUUUAAGUAAGAAUAGGAUAUAUGUCAUUCUCACACACUAUCUUGCCAUCUUCAAGAACAGUUUGUACGCAUUAAUGUAAUAUAACAAUUACCGGUAUAUUUGGCCCAAUUGUGUAGUUGCCAAAGAAAUAAAAGGCGUUCAAUACAUUGAAAAGCUGCCCAUUUUUUUAUUUUCUUUGUUAAUCUUUAAUCUUUAUGCUUGUCAGCCACAGCCUUAACAAGUAUACAGUCGAAACCCCAAGGCGUGGCGUGUGGGAGAGAGUUGAUCGGUUCGUCGAAACUGCCCCUCCGGAAGAUGAAGUUGAUCUCCUAUUCAACGAUCAAGACUACUGCUCUCUCUGAACCGACUGCCAUGGAUAUGUCCGCAUCAUCUGCUGAAAGCGUCUCAAAUGAAGUACAGGAGCUGAGAAAGGAGCUACAGGAGUUACGUCUCCAGCGAGAGUUUGGACUGCAGCGGUUUGCUGGCUCCGACGCAGACAUCCACAUUUACACAAGGGAAGUCACUUUUUCACAGUCACAUUUUUUGUAUUAGUCUGUUAUUAGCCUAGUCCCUACGUGACGGGGAUAUGUGUCAGUCAGGGACAUUGUUGGUUAGAAAAUAGCUUUACGUUACAGAUUAAUUUAUAGUACUGUACCAAAUUAUUUCUUAAUAGGUCUGUGAAUGAUUAAUAGGACACAAGUAGUGGCAUGUUGAGAGAUGGUGUAAUUGGAGUAGGGGAUGUCCAUGUCUUAUCAGAAUUUAUAUAUAUGAAUGUGACCACACCAAUAGUACAAAAACAAACAACAUUUAUAAUACAGAUUUGUGUAAAGACUUACAGAGACGUGUUUCCAGUUCAAGUCUACAAAAGUUUAUUUUUAAAUGGUUGAAAAAAGUCAUGUUAUUAUUCUAUGAGAUGAAAAUAGGAGCACUGAAGCGCCAGCGCCAGAUGUGACCGUCUCCAACUCCACCAAUGCUGGUCCUUGAACAAAAUACUAUUAACAAACAAUUAAAAAUGUAUGAAUUGAGCAGGUAACACCCUACUUAUCUACAUGCAAGUACACGGCAAACCACCAAACCGCGCCUCCCAAAGAUAUUGCCCGGACAAGAACAAUACUCUAAAAGAGAGCACAGAGAACACAUUAGGGCAUCGGAUAUCCACACACAUCAGGUUGUCUUACAGGAGUUACUGUUGACAUUAUUUUGGUAACAAUGUAUACUUUUGAUGUACACUUCUAAUUUAAAUUUUUUAUGCGAUGUCUUUUGUGAAUAGAUUUAACAGCUACAACCAUCUGAUAGCUUUUUGGUCUUUGAUUGAGCCUUCUCUACAAGAUGGUCCGUGUUUCCAGAGCCAAAUCAGCUGUCCAGAAAAAAGAAGUGGUCGCACCUGCACGUGCAUCAACAGUACUUUAUAAGUAGUUACAGAUGUAAUUAUACGUGAUGCCAUUGCAUUUGUACUUGUUGUUUUUGAGCUAUACUUUUUUUCUUUUCCUCUCAGAGACAGCUGCUCCAGCCCAUAGAUUAACUUUCUUUUUUCAUCCCUUGACUGAUGAAUCACAAAGCUUGAUCUAAGAGAAAAAGGUAAAUCAUUAGAAAUAUAACCUCAGCAUCAUGGGUGUAAAAAACAACUUGUUUCUUAUGAAGGUAAGUACUUCAACGGUGCUAGAAAAAGCCACCCUGAAUGCUUAAUGUUAUAUUCUCUCCCUCUUAAAAUAAAGAUGUGUUUUUUUUUAAAGCAGACUCCAAGAAUCACAAUUAUUCCAAUGUACCUGUACUUCUGCUGUGCAAACGACAAUAAAUAUCUUGUUUAUUGAAAAGUUGUAGCCUUGUACUCAUUACCUUGACUAUAUUAAAUUGUGUGUGAAAAACAGGGAGACAUGAAAAACAUUCAAGUUGGUGGCCCUUGAGGACUACACUUAGCUACUGCUUAACCGAACAAACACCACUGAACAGGGAUGAACACAGCUUCCUGCCUAGACUCUAAAACUGUGGUGCCUCGCUCUUCCCCAUCGACCUGUAGCACAAGGCUCUCACGCUGACCUGCACUGUCAGCUUGUCUUUAUUGGACACUGAAUGAAAUGACACAUACAAAUUCAUUAAGCUUCAAUUGUACUGGGUUACUCGCAUCAUCACAUCUAUAACAUGUUACUACAUGGAAAGAAACGUUAGGUAGCUAAGUAAUGUUACUUUUAUAUACACAAAACCGUGGCUGUACUUAAACUAUUAUUACUCAACACAACAGGCAAACAUCAAGGCUGAUAUAAAACACUCGUUAAG